AUGGACACAAGUGGGGCCUCACCAGAGUGCCCACUUCUGUCCGACAUCGCGGUGGGUAUACCCACCGGCGCCAACUAGACUAUGGAAGCCCUCUACACUGUCUGGGUGAGCGGAAAGUCCAGGGUUGUGGUGGCUAUGUCCUACCACCGGAGGUUGGCUAUUUCCUUCGGUACAAUGUGGCGAGGAAUGCCAAGCGUGACCGAGCGAACUCAGUCAAGCUAGGGUGGUGCGGAGAGUGGGCGAGCCUUCGUGGACCCAUUUCCCAUUCUCCCCUGUAAGGUAAACUACGCGGNGUGGUACCCUACUACACACGAAAUUCCCAACACGUAUCCCCUGGGAUCCUCACGACCAGAUACUGCUGCGAGUAUAUCUAACAUCCCCCCUGCUCGCAACAGUCUCUCACUGAAAACUUCGCUAACACCCGAUAUCUCAACCAAAAGACGUCUUUCCCAGACGAUAUGCCACCAAGACUUUACCAGAAUAACAUAAGAGAAAGAAAAACAAUUCAAAGGAAUAUGAAUGCUGCAUCGCGCGUAACAAAUACUUGGCGCGGGAAAUGAAAGAAAACGGGAAACAAAACGAGAAGCAAAACAAAAACCAAAACACAACCUAUCAGAAAAACAAUAAAAUGUGCAUCCCAAAUUCAUCACA